UCGAUUGGUCUGGCCUGGUCGGGACGGAGCGGCUGCGGGCGCCAUUGAGGGGCCGGAGGAGGAGGAGGAGGAGGAGCAGGAGGAGGAGGAGGAGGAAGAGCAGCUGAGGCGGCGGCAGCUUCUUCUGUAACCAUGAGUACAUGUGAGAGAGAAUGACAUUAGAGUCUUAAACACCCCCUCAAGACACAGUCAUGUUGGAAGGUCUUAUAGCCUGGGUUCUCAAUACUUAUUUGGGCAAAUAUGUCAACAAUUUGAACACUGACCAACUUUCUGUAGCACUUCUAAAAGGUGCGGUUGAAUUGGAAAACUUACCCCUAAAGAAAGAUGCCUUAAAAGAACUGGAAUUACCAUUUGAAGUAAAAGCAGGUGUUAUUGGGAAGAUAACCCUUCAGAUUCCUUUCUACCGUCCUCACGUGGACCCUUGGGUGAUCUCCAUUUCAAAGCUUCAUUUAAUUGGUGCCCCUGAGAAACCACAGGAUUUCAAUGAUGAAAAGGAGAAGCUGUUGGAGAGGGAGCGGAAGAGAGCGUUACUUCAAGCCCUGGAAGAAAAGUGGAAAAAUGAGCGUCAGCAGAAAGGAGAAUCCUACUGGUACUCUGUCACAGCCUCUGUGGUCACCAGGAUCGUGGAGAACAUCGAAUUGAAAAUUCAAGAUGUCCAUUUGCGAUUUGAAGAUGAUAUAACCAAUCCUUCCCACCCUUUUGCAUUUGGCAUCUGCAUAAAAAAUGUGUCUAUGCAAAAUGCUGUGAAUGAGCCUAUACAGAAAUUAAUGAGGAAAAAGGCAUUAGAUGUGGCCGAGUUCAGUAUCUAUUGGGAUGUGGAUUGCACUUUAUUGGGGGAUUUGCCUCAAGUGGAGUUACAGGAAGCAAUGGACAAGAGCAUGGAAAGCCGUGAUCACCACUACAUCCUAGAGCCCGUGUGUGCCUCUGCACUUUUGAAGAGAAAUUGUUCCAAAGAGCCUCUGAGGUCCCGGCACACUCCUCGUAUUGAAUGUGAUAUCCACCUGGACACCAUCCCCCUGAAACUUUCUCAGCUGCAGUAUCGACAGAUUAUGGCAUUCCUUAAGGAGCUGGAUCGAAAGGAGAGGCAGUUGAAAUUUCGAAAAUGGAAACCCAAAGUAGCAAUAUCUGAGAAUUGCCAGGAGUGGUGGUACUUUGCUUUGAAUGCUAAUUUAUCUGAGAUCAGAGAGCAGAGGAAACGAUGCACUUGGGACUUCGCAUUGCAUAGGGCCCGUGAUGCUGUCUCAUACACCGAUAAGUAUUUCAAUAAGUUAAAAGGAGCCUUGCUCUCUGCAGAUGAGGAGGAGGAAAUGUCUCGAAUCGAAGAGGAGCAGAGCUAUGAAGAGCUCAAGGUUUUACACGAGUUGGUUCAUGACCGAUUCCACAAACAGGAAGAACUGGCAGAGAGUCUACGAGAACCUAUAUCAAACUCUCCUGGAGAAUCCCCUGUAGAUCCAGAAGCUGGCGGAGGCAGUGGGAUGCUGCAGUAUCUUCAGUCUUGGUUUCCUGGAUGGGGAGGCUGGUAUGGUCAGCAGAUGCCUGAAGGGAGACCAAUUGAGGGGCUUGUCACAGAAAAGCAGGAACAAUGGAACCCUGAAGAAAUCCUGGGCACUGAAGAGUUUUUUGACCCAACUGCAGAUGCCUCUUGCAUGAACACAUUCACAAAACGAGACAAUGUCUUUGCUAAACUGAAUUUGCAGCUGCAGCGUGGGACAGUGACUUUAUUACAUCAGGAGAAAGGCGCUCCUCCAGAGAACGAGAGUGCUUUCAUGCAGCUCGAAUUUUCAGACGUGAAACUCAUGGCAGAAUCCCUGCCUCGGAGGAAUUCUUCUUUACUUUUGGUUCGCUUGGGUGGAUUAUUUCUCCAAGACCUGGUGACCGAAGGAACAAUGUUUCCUCUUCUUGUCUUCCCUAACCCACAAAAAGAAGUUGGCAGUGUCUCACAGUCUCUUGGUCUCCAAACAUCUUCAGACAGAAGUGAUCAGUGUCCUGCUGCUGAUCCAGAUGCUCCAGUUUUUGAGAUGCUCUAUGAGAAGAAUCCAAUACACAGCCACUUUGAGAGGCGGCUGAAUGUCAGCACGAGGCCCUUGAAUAUCGUUUAUAAUCCUCAGGCCAUUAAGAAAGUAGCAGAUUUUUUCUACAAGGGAAAGGUUCAUACCUCAGGUUUUGGUUAUCAGUCUGAACUUGAGUUGAGAGUUGCCGAAGCUGCUCGAAGACAAUACAACAAACUGAAAAUGCAGACGAAGGCAGAAAUCAGACAAACUAUUGACCGUUUGCUAGUGGGUGAUUUCAUUGAGGAGAGCAAACGUUGGACGGUUCGGUUAGAUAUUUCUGCCCCUCAGGUGAUAUUCCCCGAUGAUUUCAAAUUUAAGAAUCCUGUUUUAGUUGUCGUGGACCUGGGACGGAUAUUGCUCACCAAUACACAAGAUGAUUAUAAGAAGAAAAGUACAGAAGGUUCCUCUUCUGACACGAAUGAGCUUAGUGAUGAUGAAUAUAAGACACCUCUUGCAACCCCUCCUAACACCCCACCCCUUCAGACAAGCAGCAGGAAUGGAGUGAAAACCCCACCAUUUCCUGCAGUUGAAUUCAGUGAAGAGCAACUUCAGGCACAUUUAAUGAGCACAAAGAUGUAUGAGAGAUAUUCCUUAUCAUUUAUGGACCUCCAGAUCAUGGUUGGACGGGUGAAAGACAAUUGGAAGCACGUCCAGGACAUUGAUGUGGGACCAACGCACGUGGUAGAGAAAUUCAAUGUGCACUUACAGUUAGAACGCCGAUUGAUUUAUACAUCAGAUCCCAGGUACCCUGGGGCAGUGCUCUCGGGGAAUUUACCAGAUUUGAAAAUCCAUAUCAAUGAGGAUAAAAUUUCUGCCUUGAAGAAUUGCUUUGCCCUCUUGACCACUUCAGAAGUAAAGCCUUCUGAUGCACUGAGCAAGGAGAAGAUUUUUCCUCAAGAGGAACAGCAGGGUAGCUUGCAAGACUCAGUCAUGAAUUUGACUCAGAGUGUUGUGGUUUUGGAGCAGCACACAAGGGAGGUUCUGGUGGAAUCACAGCUCCUUUUAGCUGAAUUCAAAGUUAAUUGUAUGCAACUUGGUGUUGAGAGCAAUGGACGUUAUAUUUCUGUGCUCAAAGUGUUUGGUACCAAUGCUCAUUUUGUGAAGAGGCCUUAUGAUGCUGAGGUGUCACUCACUGUUCAUGGCUUACUCUUGGUGGACACUAUGCAGACUUAUGGUGCUGACUUUGAUCUCUUAAUGGCUUCACACAAGAACUUGAGUUUUGAUAUUCCAACCGGAAGCCUCCGGGAUAGCAGGGCCCAGUCACCUGUCACUGGACCCGAUGCAGCCACACUGAGUGAUCGAUGUAUUGCAGCCACUAAUGUUGCACUUAACAAUUUAAUCACCAAAGAUCAGGAGUCCCUCAUUAAGUUAGAAUACCAGUUUGUUAGUUCCGAAUGCCCCUCAAUGAAUUUAGACAGCACCCUCCAGGUGAUAUCAUUACAGGUAAAUAAUUUAGAUAUCAUUUUGAAUCCAGAAACAAUUGUAGAGCUGAUUGGUUUUCUUCAAAAAUCCUUUCCUAAGGAAAAAGAUGAUUCUAGCCCUCAGCCUUUGAUGACAGAUUUUGAAAGAAGUUUCAGGGAACAAGAAACUUUUCAGUCUACUUAUGAGCAAAACACAGAGGUUGCCGUGGAUAUUCAUAGACUCAACUUGUUGCUGCUUCGGACAGUGGGAAUGACAAAUGGGGAAAAAUAUGGCAGAAAAAUAGCAACUGCGAGUAUAGGUGGAACCAAAGUUAAUGUCUCCAUGGGUAACACAGUUGAUGUGAACGGUUCUCUUGGUUGUCUGCAGCUCAUGGACUUGACACAAGAUAAUGUCAAGAACCAGUAUGUGGUCAGCAUUGGAAAUUCUGUAGACUAUGAAAACAUUGUUAGUGAUAUUGGCUACUUUGAAUCUGUCUUUGUUAAAAUGGAAGAUGCCACCCUCACAGAAGCACUGAGUUUCACAUUUGUUGAGAAAUCUAAACAGGAGUGUUCGCUUAACCUCAAGAUGGCGUCCCUGCAUUACAACCACUCUGCUAAAUUUCUAAAGGAGUUAACACUGUCCAUGGAUGAACUUGAGGAGAAUUUCCGAAGCAUGCUGAAAACUGCAGCCUCCAAAGUCACCACAGUUUUGGCCACUAAAACUGCAGAGUACAGUGAGAUGGUCUCUCUCUUUGAAACGCCUCGGAAGCCUCGGGAUCCUUUUGUCUUUGAAGAAAGUGAGGUCUAUGGUUUUGACCCAUCCACAACUGUCAGUGACACUGUGAAGCUUAUCUUAAAUGUCAAUAUAGAAUCACCAGUUGUCUCAAUCCCUCGAAAACCUGGAAGUCCUGAGCUGUUGGUAGGACAUUUAGGACAGAUCUUCAUUCAGAAUUUUGUGGCAGGUGAAGAUGAAUCAAGAAGUGACCGGCUCCAGGUAGAAAUCAAAGACAUUAAACUAUACUCUUUGAACUGCACUCAGUUGGCAGGCAGGAAGGGUUCUGGAUCUGAAGUAAGCCAGUCUCUCCACCCUCCUUCUGGUUCUGCCAGUGUUAAUAGCCAGGAGGAAACUCAUUUCACACGACAUGAUUUCUUUGAAUCUCUGCAUAGAGGUCAAGCUUUCCACAUUCUGAACAACACCACCAUCCAAUUUAAACUGGAAAAGAUACCUAUAGAGAGGGAAUGUGAGCUAACCUUCACCCAUUGCCCAGAUGAUGUGGGAACCUCAAGUAUUAUGAAGAUUGAAGGAAAAUUUGUUAAUCCUGUUCAGGUGGUGUUGGCAAAACACGUAUAUGAGCAAGUUCUACAAACAUUGGACAACCUAGUCUACAGUGAAGACUUAAAUAAAUUUCCCACCAAUUCUACCUCAUUGCCUAGCCCUAAUUCUCCUCUUCCUUCCCUUAGUGCUGGUGGUGAGCCCUGUGUUGAACGGAAGGAGAAUGGAUUGUUUAGCCAUUCUAGCUUUUCCAGUACUUCUCAGAAGUCCUUGUCUGUGAGGGAAGUAAAAUCCUUCACACAGAUCCAAGCCAACUUUUGUAUUUCAGAGCUUCAGGUUCAGUUGAGUGGAGAUUUGACCUUAGGAGCCCAAGGUCUUGUGAGCUUAAAGUUUCAAGAUUUUGAUGUUGAAUUUAGUAAAGACCAUCCUCAGACUUUGUCCAUUCAGAUUGCUUUGCGCUCUUUGCUGAUGGAAGACCUUUUGGAGAAGAAUCCAGACUCAAAGUAUAAGAACCUCAUGGUAUCUCGAGGAGCUCCCAAACCAUCUAGCUUAGUGCACAAGGAAUAUCUUUCCCAAUCUUGCCCCUUAGUAUCCAAUGUAGAGUAUCCUGACAUGCCCCGGUCUCUACCUUCCCACAUGGAAGAAGCUCCAAAUGUCUUUCAGUUGUACCAAAGGCCCACCUGCACAUCUCGGAAAAAGCAAAAAGAAGACAAAAGCAAAGAUUAUCCCUUGACCCCGCCUCCUUCUCCAACUGUGGAGGAACCGAAGGUCUUUUGUGGAAAGAGUAAAUUUGAUGACUCUUUGGUCCACAUCAAUAUAUUUCUUGUGGACAAGAAGCACCCUGAGUUUUCUUCUUGCUAUAAUCGAAUCAACAGGAGUGUUGAUGUUGAUUUUAACUGCCUUGAUGUGCUGAUCACUCUGCAAACUUGGGUGGUAAUAUUAGACUUCUUUGGAAUUGGUUCCACUGCAGACAAUCAUGCAAUGAAGACAGAGCCUACAGACAUUCAGCAGACAGUAAAGUCAGAGUCCAGCACUGUGCUCGAGGCUGAUGUCCAGGAUCCGGUUAACACCAAGCUGGAUCUCAAGGUUCAUUCACUUUCUCUUGUGCUGAAUAAGACUACCAGUGAGUUGGCCAAAGCAAAUGUGUCCAAGUUAGUGGCUCAUCUGGAAAUGAUUGAGGGAGAUCUUGCUUUACAAGGAAGUAUCGGGAGCUUGUCUUUAAGUGACCUGACUUCUCAUGGAGAGUUCUACCGAGAGAGGUUCACUACCAGUGGAGAAGAAGCUCUCAUCUUCCAGAUAUUCAAAUAUGGGCGGCCUGACCCAUUGCUCCAAAGAGAGCAUGACAUUCGAGUGAACCUCCAGAUGGCGUCAGUGCAAUACGUCCACACUCAGCGCUUUCAGGCAGAGGUGGUGGCCUUCAUUCAGCAUUUCACUCAGUUGCAAGAUGUCCUAGGACGCCAGAGAGCUGCUAUUGAGGGGCAAACGGUGAGAGAUCAAGCCCAACGCUGCUCUCGGGUUCUUCUUGAUAUUGAAGCUGGUGCUCCUGUUCUCCUCAUCCCAGAAAGUUCCAGAUCAAAUAAUUUAAUUGUAGCAAAUCUGGGGAAACUGAAAAUCAAGAACAAGUUUCUCUUUGCAGGAUCCCCAGGGACCUUCUCCUUGCAAGGCAAGGAAUCUGCACCUUUGUCUUCCCCACUGAGCACUCCCAAACACAGCAUGAAGAAAACAGUGAGUGUUGAAGACCCAAAGGGUACCCAGGCAGAAGGGCUUUUCAUGACACCCCCUGCUGGAACCAGCAUGGCACACCUGAAGAAUGAACCCAUGGCCCCUGCUUUGACCAGCCCACCAGGGCAGCAGGCCCAGUCCCCUGUCAGCCAUGCUCCCAGUAGUCCAGAAGAUUAUGUCUGCCUGCUGGACUGUAUUGUUGUGGAUCUGCAGGACAUGGACAUCUUUGCUGCAGAGAGACGGCCCCGGGAAUAUUCAAAGGCAUUGGAGAAUACCAGUGGUGACCUGACCUUCCCGUCCUACGCUGUCAGACAAACAGGUGGAAGCCUCCUGACGGAGCCCUGUCGGCUGAAAUUGCAGGUGGAGAGGAAUUUGGACAAGGAAAUAAGUCAUACAGUGCCAGACAUAUCCAUUCAUGGCAACCUGUCCUCAGUUCACUGUUCAUUGGAUUUAUGUAAAUAUAAGCUGAUUCGAGGUUUAUUGGAAAACAACCUUGGAGAGCCCAUCGAGGAAUUUAUGCGUCCUUAUGACUUACAAGACCCCAGAAUUCAUACUGUGCUGAGCGGUGAAGUCUACACUUGCAUGUGUUUCCUCAUCGACAUGGUGAAUGUCAGUCUAGAACUGAAAGACAAAAAGGGAAAAGAAGGGGCUGGAUCCUUGGCCAGGUUCGACUUUAAGAAAUGCAAGCUGCUUUUUGAAAGUUUUUCCAACCAAACCAAAUCCAUAAACCUGGUUUCCCACUCCAUGAUGGCCUUUGACACCCGCUAUGCUGGGCAGAAGACGAGUCCUGGCAUGCCAAAUGUGUUCAACUGCAUCUUUCAGCCCUCAAAGAACAGCACAACCCAAGGCUCGAUUCAGAUUGAAUUGCAUUUCAGAUCCACCAAGGAUUCUUCCUGUUUUACAGUUGUUCUCAACAACCUCCGGGUGUUCCUCAUAUUUGACUGGCUACUGCUGGUCCAUGAUUUUCUCCAUACUCCCAGUGAUGUCAAGAAAGCAGAUAGUGUAACUCCUUCACGCCAGCGUACCUCUAUCAGUGAAACAGCAGUGUUCCCCAAAACAGUGAAAAGUGGGGUAGUCACCAAACGGUCUUCCUUGCCAGUGACUACAGAGAGGCACCUGGAAGUAAAGGUCAAUGUGACAGGCACUGAAUUUGUGGUAGUUGAAGAUAUGUCCUGCUUUGAUACCAAUGCUAUAAUAUUAAAAGGAACCACAGUGCUCACCUACAAACCCAGAUUUGUGGAUCGCCCUUUUUCUGGAAGCCUGUUUGGUAUUGAGGUGUUUUCCUGCCGCCUGGGGAAUGAGCAGGACACAGCUCUCUCCAUUGUUGAUCCAGUACAAAUUCAAGUUGAGCUGGUGGGAAAUUCUUCUUAUCAAAACAGCUCUGGGUUGAUGGAUGCCUUCAACAGUGAAGAUUUUCCUCCUAUCCUGGAGAUUCAUUUACAAAGCCUCGACAUCAGACUCUCCUACAAUGAUGUUCAGCUAUUUCUGGCCAUUGCAAAGUCCAUCCCAGAGCAAGCUAGUGUUGCAGUGCCAGACUCAGUGGUAUUGGAGGCUUCCUCUGCCAGCAGUCACCUCCCAGGGCCCUUGAGGAGCAGUGAGACCUCAACGAUCCCUGAAACCAGGGACAGCCCCAGGCACGCUCUUGAUCCUCUCCUUGAGUUACAGCUGGCCCGACUGCAAGAACUGGGGUUUAGUAUGGAGGACUGUCGCCGAGCUCUUUUGAUGUGUCAAGGACAACUGAAAAAGGCAGCCACUUGGUUGUUUAAAAAUGCUGAGCCCCUAAAGUCUGUCUCAUUAGUGUCUCACAGCAAAGAUAACCAAGGGACUCUGCCAACGCAAUUGCUAUCGGGAAUAGAGAUUAAAGCUGAAAGUGUAUGCAUCUGUUUUAUUGAUGAUUGCAUGGAUUGCGACGUUCCCCUUGCUGAGCUCACCUUUUCCCGUUUGAAUUUUCUGCAGCGCGUGAGAACCAACCCUGAGGGUAAUGCCCAUUUUACCCUCUCAGGAGAUUAUUAUAACCGUGCAUUGUCAGGCUGGGAGCCGUUUAUUGAGCCAUGGCCAUGCUCUGUAUUCUGGCAACAACAGGCAGCCAGCCGCCUCCAUCCUCCACGACUGAAAUUGGAAGCCAAGGCCAAACCUCGUUUGGAUAUCAAUAUCACCUCUGUACUGAUAGAUCAGUAUGUAAGUACCAAAGAGUCAUGGAUGGCAGAUUAUUGUAAACAGGACAAGGAAAUGGAUAUAGCCAAAUCGGAAAGUUGGAUGGGCUCUUCUGUGGAUCCUCCAUGCUUCGGACAAAGCCUACCCCUUGUCUACCUUAGGACUAGGAGUACAGCCAGUCUGACUAACCUAGAGCACCAGAUCUAUGCUAGAGAGAUGAAAACCCCCAAACGCCGGCAGCCAUUUGUCCCCUUUGCUCUGAGGAAUCACACAGGCUGCACCUUGUGGUUUGCCACACUAACAACUACCCCAACCCGGGCAGCCUUGUCUCACAGUGGAAGCCCAGGACUGGUUCCAGAAGGAAACAGAACUUUCCUUGAUGAUGCCCAUAACGUCAGUGCUUGGCGAGAAGUCCUCACAGGGGAAGAGAUUCCUUUCGAAUUUGAAGCAAGAGGAAAACUAAGGCACAGGCAUACGCAUGACCUCCGAAUCCACCAGUUGCAAGUGAGAGUGAAUGGCUGGGAACAAGUGAGCCCUGUGUCCGUGGACAAAGUGGGGACCUUUUUCCGAUAUGCUGCCCCUGACAAAAAUCCAUCAGCUUCCACGAUUGGCAGUCCUAGCAGCAAAACAAAUAUAAUACAUCCUCAGGUCUAUUUCUCUUCACUCCCGCCAGUCCGGGUGGUUUUUUCAGUGACCAUGGAAGGCAGUGCCCGAAAGGUCAUCACUGUCCGCUCAGCUCUGAUUGUGAAGAACAGAUUGGAGACACCAAUGGAGCUAAGGCUGGACAGCCCCUCUGCUCCUGACAAACCUGUCGUGCUCCCAGCUAUCAUGCCAGGGGAUUCAUUUGCAGUCCCUUUACACCUCACCUCUUGGCGGUUACAGGCCCGGCCCAAAGGCAUGGGAGUAUUUUUUUGUAAGACUCCGAUCCACUGGACCACUGUAGUAAAGACCACAGAAGUUAGUAGCAGCAAAAGAGAGUGUCAUUCAAUGGAUACAGAAAAAAGCAGAUUUUUCAGGUUUUGUGUGGCUAUAAAGAAAGAGAAUUAUCCAGAUUACAUGCCCUCCAAAAUAUUUUCUGACAGUGCUAAACAGAUUUUCAGACAGCCUGGGCACACCAUUUAUCUCUUGCCAACUGUGGUAAUCUGUAACUUGCUACCUUGUGAACUCGACUUUUACGUUAAAGGGAUGCCAAUUAAUGGGACGCUCAAACCUGGCAAAGAGGCAGCUCUGCAUACAGCAGACACAUCUCAGAACAUUGAACUGGGAGUGUCUCUAGAGAAUUUCCCACUAUGUAAAGAGCUCCUAAUUCCUCCUGGGACCCAAAACUACAUGGUACGAAUGCGACUGUAUGAUAUCAACCGACGGCAAUUAAACCUCACCAUCAGGAUUGUGUGUCGAGCAGAAGGGUCAUUGAAAAUCUUUAUUUCUGCUCCAUAUUGGCUGAUCAACAAAACAGGGUUACCACUGAUCUUUAGACAAGACAAUGCAAAGACAGAUGCUGCAGGACAGUUUGAAGAACAUGAGCUGGCUCGGAGCCUGAGCCCCCUUUUAUUCUGUUAUGCUGACAAAGAACAGCCAAAUCUCUGCACCAUGAGGAUUGGAAGGGGAAUUCACCCUGAAGGCGUGCCUGGCUGGUGCCAGGGCUUUUCACUGGAUGGUGGGAGUGGCGUUCGGGCCCUGAAAGUGAUCCAACCAGGAAACCGGCCUGGCCUGAUUUAUAACAUCGGUAUUGAUGUCAAAAAAGGCCGAGGUCGCUACAUUGAUACUUGCAUGGUCAACUUUGCACCUCGUUAUCUGCUAGAUAAUAAAUCUUCUCACAAGCUAGCUUUUGCACAGAGAGAAUUUGCCAAGGGACAGGGAACAUCCAAUCCUGAAGGUUAUAUCUCUACCCUCCCUGGUUCCAGUGUGGUUUUCCACUGGCCCCGCAAUGACUACGACCAGCUCUUAUGUGUGAGGUUGAUGGAUGUCCCCAAUUGCAUUUGGUCUGGAGGCUUUGAAGUCAACAAGAACAACUCAUUCCACAUCAACAUGAGAGAUACCUUGGGCAAAAGCUUCUUCCUUCGAGUGGAAAUUACUCUCCGAGGAGCCACAUACAGAAUUUCAUUCAGUGACACAGAUCAGUUACCUCCUCCUUUCCGAAUUGACAACUUUUCCAAGGUCCCAGUUGUCUUUACUCAGCAUGGUGUGGCUGAGCCCAGGCUCCGAACUGAAGUGAAGCCCAUGACCUCAUUGGAUUAUGCAUGGGAUGAGCCUGUCCUGCCACCUUUCAUCACUUUAACUGUUAAAGGAGCAGGCUCCUCGGAGAUCAACUGCAACAUGAAUGAUUUCCAGGACAACUGGCAGCUUUAUUAUGAAAACUUCAUCUAUAUAGCUGCUACAUAUACAUUCUCAGGGUUGCAGGAGGGAACUGGAAGGCCUGUGGCUUCCAACAAGACUGUUACUUGUGGAGAACUUGUCCUAGAUGUCUCACCAAAAACCCAAAGAGUUAUAUUAAAGAAAAAGGAACCAGGAAAGCGGUCACAGCUGUGGAGGAUGACUGGGACUGGCAUGUUGGUCCACGAAGGCUCUUCAGUUCCUCACAACCCCAAUAAGCCUGCAGCUUCCCGAUCCAUUGAAGGGUCAGCCAUUCUAGAUAUUGCUGGUCUUGCUGCUGUUACGGACAACAGGUACGAGCCUCUGAUGCUGAGGAAGCCUGACCGACGGCGCUCCACAACACAGACGUGGAGUUUCCGAGAAGGAAAACUGACUUGUGGGCUGCAUGGCCUUGUCGUACAGGCAAAAGGAGGACUAUCUGGUUUAUAUGAUGGGGCUGAAGUUGUUCUUGGUCCUGAUACUUCUCUGGAGCUUUUGGGACCAGUUCCACCUGAGCAACAAUUUAUUGAUCACAAAAUGAGGCCUGGAUCUGGUAUAUUAGCUAUUAAAGUUAUUCCAGAUGGACCAACUCGAGUACUCCAGAUAACAGACUUUAGCCAGCGGAAAAGUGACCGGCCAUCAUAUGAAGCGGAUGACCUUCCUGUUACUGAACAAGAGUUACGGAAGUUUAAGAGCCCAGAUACAGAGCAGGAGCUGGAAGUUCUCGUGAAACUAGAAGGUGGAAUCGGGUUGUCUUUAAUUAAUAAAGCCCCAGAAGAACUUGUCUUUGCCAGCCUAACAGGAAUCAAUGUUCACUACACACAACUCUCAACUAGUCACAUGCUCGAACUCAGCAUUCAGGAUGUACAGGUGGACAAUCAGCUCAUUGGCACCACCCAGCCCUUCAUGCUCUUUGUGACCCCUUUGAGUAAUGAGAAUGAAGUCAUUGAGAUGGGCCCAGCUGUACAAGUCAAUGCAGUCAGAUUCCCUAGUAAGAGUUCCCUGACUAACAUCUACAAGCAUCUGAUGAUCACAGCUCAGAGGUUCACGGUGCAAAUCGAAGAGAAACUACUCCUUAAACUGCUAAGUUUCUUUGGCUAUGACCAAGCAGAAUCAGAGGUGGAAAAAUAUGAUGAAAAUCUCCACGAAAAGACUAUGGAACAAGAGGGCACACCAACCCGGUACUACUUUGAAAAUCUCAAAAUCAGUCUGCCUCAGAUCAAACUGAGUGUAUUCACCUCCAACAAGCUGCCUUUAGAUCUUAAGGCCCUGAAAAGCACCUUGGGAUUUCCACUCAUUCGAUUUGAAGAUGCCGUAAUCAACCUGGACCCAUUUACUAGAGUUCACCCUUAUGAGACAAAAGAGUUUAUCAUUAAUGAUGUCCUCAAACACUUCCAAGAGGAACUCCUUAGUCAAGCUGCUAGGAUACUGGGGUCAGUGGAUUUCCUUGGCAAUCCUAUGGGGCUUUUGAAUGAUGUAUCUGAAGGCGUUACUGGAUUAAUAAAGUAUGGAAAUGUUGGAGGCCUCAUACGAAAUGUCACACAUGGAGUGUCAAACUCAGCUGCCAAGUUUGCUGGGACUUUAUCAGAUGGCUUAGGGAAGACCAUGGACAAUCGCCACCAAACAGAGCGAGAGUAUAUUCGAUACCAUGCAGCGACGAGUGGGGAACAUCUUGUGGCUGGCAUCCAUGGCCUGGCUCACGGUAUCAUUGGCGGAUUGACCAGUGUGAUAACCUCAACGGUAGAAGGUGUGAAAACCGAAGGGGGAGUCAGUGGUUUCAUAUCUGGCCUUGGGAAAGGGCUCGUUGGCACAGUGACCAAGCCAGUGGCAGGCGCUCUCGAUUUUGCAUCAGAAACAGCUCAGGCGGUGAGAGACACAGCCACACUCAGUGGCCCCAGGACCCAAGCCCAGAGAGUACGGAAACCUCGUUGCUGUACAGGACCCCAAGGGCUGCUUCCCAGGUACUCGGAGAGCCAGGCCGACGGACAGGAGCAGUUAUUCAGACUGACUGACAACAUUCAAGAUGAGUUCUUCAUAGCCGUAGAGAACAUCGAUAGCUACUGCGUACUCAUCUCCUCCAGGGCUGUUUACUUCCUAAAAAGUGGGGACUAUGUCGAUCGGGAGGCCAUUGUCCUCGAAGUCCGCUAUGAUGACCUCUACCACUGCCUGGUCUCCAAAGACCACGGGAAGGUGUAUGUGCAGCUGACCAAGAAAGCGGUGAAUACAAGCAGUGGAGUUGUGAUUCCUGGACCUUCCCAUCAGAAGCCAAUGGUCCACGUGAAAUCAGAGCCCCUGGCAGUCAAAUUAUCCCAAGAAAUAAACUAUGCAAAAAGCCUUUACUGUGAGCAACAACUUAUGUUGAGACUCAGUGAGAAUCAAGAGCAGUUGGAGCUGGACUCCUGAAGAAACCCCUCCUACGAGAGAGAGAGAGAGAGAGAGAGAGAGAGAGAGAGAGAGAGAGAGAGAGAGAGAGAGAGAGAGAGAGAGAACGAGAGAGAAAGAACGGGAGCACGGCCGCCACACACCAGCCCCAGAGCCAUCAGGCCCAGAGGCCCGACCUGUUGGCCGAAUAAAUCAGAAGAGCUCUGAGAAGGUGGGGGGAGCCUGUUCUUGCGGAACGAGAGAAAGCGAGCACUAUUGAGGGGGAAAAGAUAAAUGGAAAACCACAUUCAAUGUUUGGGGGCACUUUAAGAUUAUGGGGAAAGAAUUUUUUUAAAAGGUGUCGGUUGAAUAAGGUCAAAAAUAUGCAUCCGGGAUGAACUUAGCUUUUAGAAGGCCCUGUGUUUUGUUAAAGUGUAUAUAUGUACAACUGCGUGCUUGUAAAUAUAUGAGAAAGUUUCAGAGCAGGGCCCAUAGCGUGUGUAAAGGUUUGUUUACUGUAAAGAAAUUAAAAAUGAUAUCAAAUCUUCUAUUGCACUAAUUCUAUGCAUCUACUACAGGGCCCUCUGUAUAGGAGCGAUACUUGAGAGUUGAGGAAUGUUCUGUAUUAUUUUUCAAAGAAAAUUAAAGUAUUCAUAGAACUGGAUCCCACUGAGAUCCAGUAUAUAUUUAAAGAGCUAUAAGAAGUACGCCUUGGAAGUCUGAUUGCCCAGGCCAGAGUCCCAGUGCAAAUCUUUGCGUUCUGCUCAGCAUUCCAUACUAGAAAGUGAGUCCCUACCCUUUUCGGAAGGGGAAAGCAGGAAGGACAGUCGCUUCUCUUCUGCUGUCCUGUCUCACUCAGUCUACACCAAAGCCCCGCCAGGGCCAGGGCCAGGGCCAGGCCAGGGCUUUCCCCAGCUGAUUUCUCCAUGCAUUUCUUGCCCCCAAUUGAAAGGUGACUCUGUUUUCACCAGCUGUUUUGGAACUGCUUUGUCUUUAUAACCAGUCAGCCAAAUCUUUAAAAAAUAAAAAUAAAAACAAAA